CAACUGAAGAAAAAAUAAGUUCAGUUACUUUUAAUGAAAACCCAUUAUUCACAGUUACCUUUAACUUGGUCGAUGGGACUUUCAAAACAUUAAAUUUAGAUGCGCCAAAGAAUGAAAAGGAAGUUGCAAUCGAUGACGAUGAGGAAUCUAGUAAUUCAUCAACAGAAAUAGCCAUUCAAGAAAGUGCACAAAAUUCUAGCUUCGAUGUUGAGGCAGAUAAUGAAUAUUCUAACUCUGAUGAAGAAAUUGAUGAACAGAAUUUUAAUGCAGCUUUAACUUUAUUGCAUGAGACAAAAAGUAAUUCUACUGACAGGCAUCAGUUCAAUGUAAAGAAAGUUAAUAAAAAUGAACGAUUUAAUAAGCGUGAAUUAUUAUCAUCAAACGCUGCCAAAGAAUCACAAGCAAGUGGUGGACGCGUCUCUUUAACAUUAACAGAUA